AUGGGAGACCAACGGGACCAUCAUCCCACUCCUCUUGGAAAUUGGCUUGAAGACCUCUUCAACAAGUUGUUUUACCAGCCAGAUGACGGACUAUGCAAAAAUACGAUGGAAGAAGAAAUAAGCCCUCAGUUGAAAGUUUGUAUCAAUGGUCAGCGUGUGUCCAGGGAGGAGUAUGAUCAGGUGGUAACAGAGGCACGACGAACCUACAACAUCAGCGUGCAAAGUAGCCGUGAGCUGCUGGCCUCACCCGAUGUAACGGAUCAAGGCAUUGGUUCCGUCGCGCACAUUCAAACUUUUGUAUUGGAGGAUAAGAAAACAGGCACUCAACGCACACAGACAAGCUUGACCAUUUCUGUCAUUGAGAGUAGUGAUCGGGGGAAGCAGUUGAAUGAACUGAUGGAGAUUAUACUAGAUCAGUGA